AUGUUCUUCAGAAAUUCUGCAAAAGGAACGGUACUACUUCUUUUAUAUGUUGAUGAUAUGGUUAUCACAGGCAGUGACUCAGAAGGUAUAAAAUCUCUAAAAACUCAUCUGAAUUUAUGCUUUCAAAUGAAAGAUCUUGGUCACUUAAGGUAUUUCCUUGGCAUGGAAGUUGAUAGAUCAUCUAAAGGUUAUUUUAUAUCUCAAGUUAAGUAUGCCUCAGAGAUUCUUAAUCGAGCUGGAUUAACAGAUAGUAAGAUCUUGGAAACACCUCUAGAGCUUAACGUUAAGCUCAAUCCUAUUGAUGGAAAAGCUCUGUCUGAUCCAACUUUGUAUAGACAACUAGUUUGGAGUCUUAAUUAUUUGACAAUAAUAAGACCGGACAUUAGCUAUGCAGUACAUGUUGUAAGUCAAUUCAUGUCAGCUCCUCGCACUACACAUUUUGCUGCCAUUCUCAGCAUUCUACUAUACAUCAAAGGAACAUUGUAUCAAGGAUUGCAAUUUUCUUCUAAGUCAGACCUUCGUCUUCACGCUUAUACAGACUCUGAUUGGGCAGGGCAUGUAACAGAUAGAAGAUCCACAUCUGGUUAUUAUAUUUUUCUAGGCAACUCUCUAAUAUCUUUGCGUAUUAAGAAGAAGUCAGUUGUCUCUCGAUCUAGUGCUGAGGCUGAAUAUAUGGCUAUGGCACACACUACCUCUGAAAUAGUUUGGUUACGGUGGUUACUGAGUGAUAUGGGCAUCCAUCUAGCAGAGUCUACUCCCUUAUAUUGUGACAAUAAAGCCGCUAUUCAUAUUGCUCAUAAUGAUGUUUUUCAUGAGCGUACAAAACACAUUGAGAUCAAUUUUCAUUUCAUACGUCAUCACUUCAAAAAGAAGACCAUUACACUACCGCUCAUGCUGCAUGUUCCAAUGCGGGUGAAACUUGUUGGCCGUUUCAUGGCUGUUGUGAAGGUUCGUAUUGCCCUUUUCACUUUCUCAAUUGUCAGCCAGGCCCUGAUCCAGGAUGGCCAUAGGGUUGUGGAACUCGCUUGA